GCAGCUUCAGAUCGAACAAUUCAGUCAACCCUUGGAUGAAUUCGAGCCGCUGACCCACACCAAUUCUACCUUGCUUGAAUGCGAUAUAAAGAGGAGGGUCACCUUGCACAACAACAUUGGAAGGUUGGGAUUCGAAUUCAGGUUUUGAAAGGAUCUUAAAAAAACGGAGCAGGCGCCUUCAUUCUGCAGUCAGGCGAGGUCAGGUCCCAGCACACGUCUAUAUUCCAUAAUCAAUUAGACACGAUGGGGGUGCCGUUCGUCUUGGAGGGGAUGAAAUCAGAGGCCAACUACCCGGAGUCCCGGGUGCUCAUCAUCAUGACGGGCGGUACGAUCUGCAUGCAGCCUUCAGCCGAUGGCUUGGUUCCCAUGACGGGUUUUCUCGAGAAGGCCAUGGCUCCUCGGCCGUCAUUCAACGAUAACUCCGACCCUUCAGUCAAAAUCCACGCCUACAAAAACGGCGUCAAGCUGACCCUCGACAGCCUCCGAACCCCCCCGAGCGCCUACUCGCGCCACAUUCGGUAUGGCGUCCUCGAGUUUCAGCCCCUACUCGACUCGAGCUCCAUCUCGUCCACGGGCUGGACCGAGAUUGCCAUGACCAUAAAGGAGAACUACCACAUUUUCGACGGUUUCGUCAUCCUGCACGGCACCGACUCGCUCGCUUACACGGCGUCGGCGCUGUCCUUCAUGAUGUCAAACCUCGGCAAGCCGGUGAUCUUGACCGGCUCCCAGGCCUCCAUCUUUGCCCUGCAAUCCGACGCCGUCGACAACCUGCUGGGUUCUCUCAUCAUCGCCGGCACCUUUGUCAUCCCGGAGGUCUGUCUCUUCUUCCACCACACCCUCUUCCGCGGUAACCGCACAACCAAAGUGUCGGCCUCCUCCUUUGAGGCCUUCGACAGCCCCAACUGCGCGCCGCUCGCCAAGGUCACCUCGCUCGGCGUCGACGUCAACUGGGGCCUGGUCCGGCGGCCCACUAGCAUCGCCGGGUUUCAGGUGACCAAGUACCUGGACACGGCGCACGUGGCCUGCCUGCGCAUCUUCCCGGGGAUCAAGCCCGAGAUGGUGGAUUCCGUGCUUAGGGUACCGGACCUGCGCGGCCUGAUCCUCGAGACGUUCGGCAUGGGCAACGCCCCCGGCGGCGUCGACGGCAGCCUGACCAAGGUCAUCCGCGCCGCCGUCGAGCGCGGCAUCGUCGUUGUCAAUGUCAGCCAGUGCACCAACGGCUUCGUGUCGCCGGUCUACGCUCCCGCCACCGCGCUCGGCAGGGCCGGCGUGGUGUUUGGACACGACCUCACUACCGAGGCAGCCCUGACCAAGUUGUCGUACCUCCUGGCACUACCGGGCUUGACGUACGAAGACGUGACGGCCAAGAUGGCGCAGUCGCUGCGCGGCGAGAUGACCGAGAUGACCCUUCCGUCCUUCUCUCACCCGGCGGGCACUCUGGAUACGGCCGUGAACAGACUUACUGCGGCCGAAACGGCCUUCACGGCGCUCGGCUACGCGAUCCGCAACGGCGAGCUGCGCACGGUGCGCGAGAUCCUCGAGGGGGACGAGUUCAACCACCAGCUGCUCAAGCGGGCCGACUACGCGGGCAACACGGUGGUGCACCUGGCCGCCGUCGGGCCGGAGCCGCUCGUCCUGCGCGAGCUGCUCACGCGCGGCGCCGGCGUGCACUCCCGCAACCGCGCCGGCAACACCCCGCUGUACCUCGCCGAGAAGGCGGGCAACGCCGAGUGCGUGCGCCUGCUCAAGGAGGCCGGGGCCCACCUGUGGCUCGACAACGAGCUCAAGGGGGAGGGCAGCCGGAUGCCGAGCCGCGGGGCGAGCCGGGCUGUCUCCCCAGACCGUGGUGGCGGUCGUGGUGCUGCUGGCGCUGCUCCUCCUAGCGCUGCUGCUGCUACUGGUGCUGCCCCCGCUGCUGUUGAUCCCAAAGGGACGGCGGAGGGUGGCAGCGGGGAGGUUGAGGCUGUGGUUGGCAAAGGGGAUGCGGGGAGGGAUGGGCAUGUUGGUGCGGAAGAGCUUGGUGAAUUGGCUGCCCAGACCGAGCCGGCUAGGGUACCGCUAACGGGGGACACGGGCAAGAUUGUUGGCUGAAUUACGCGGGAGGGUGGAGGAGUCGCGGUUGGCGAGUCACAUGUACGUACGGUGUGCGCAGUU